AUGACAGGUAUUAGGGAUGAGACAGUAGUACCUAAGGAUGAAGAAGAACUAUUGAAUUACUUUCUUGAUGUGCGUGUCCAACUUUCGAAAAUGAAGCAAGACAGAAAACAAUUUUUGCAUUCAAAGGAUGUUAGAGCUACUUAUCAAAGAGUGCUUACUAAAGUACGGGAGUUGGAUGAACUUCGUAAAAGGAAAUUAGGUAUUAUGGGCGCUAAUGCUGCUAAAAUUACUUUGAUUCACUCUCCUGAAGUUCGUACUCGGGUUGAUUCGGUCAUUGAUGAUAUCUUUCAAUUAUUGUGUUUAAGCUUCCUGACAGUAGGAUUGAAGAAUGGUGCAGCGGCAAAAUAUUCAUCGUUAAGCACUGUCCAGAGCCUCUUAGAACAUUUAGACGAGUCCGGUGUCUUUACCCAUCAUGAUCUGGGGCCUAUAAAAGAGCGCCUUGAUGAAAUAGUAGGUAUUGUUAAUAAAAAUAACACCCCAGAUACAACUGAGUCUACAAUAGAAGACAACGAAGUUUUAGAGCAGUUAGAUGCGGAGAAAAGAGCAAACAAGGUUGAAGAAUAUUUAUUGAUACAAGCAAAGUUACAAAGUUGUCUUACUAAGUAUCAAGAGGUGAAGGAUAAGCUUGAGGCAAUCCCUGAAGCGUUGCAGCCUUUCAUAGAGCAAUUGUUCCAGAUUAGGCGGGAGCUGCUGUCGUUAGCAGCACUUAAAAUAGAUAUCGAUGAUUCAAAUAAGAGCAAAGAUCCUCUAGAUGCGGUAUCAGAGGAUGAUAUUACUGAUGCUCUAGAGGAUUUAAAGGAGAGACUGGCUGAAAUCGAAAGGAUGCUCAACCAAGACUGCAAUGAAGAUGGCAAAAUUAUUGUGGUAGGUGAAUCUGAAAACGAACCUGAGCAAGGCAACUCUGUGUUAAAUGGGCUGCUGGACGAUUGUCAUGAUAUUAUCAACGAUCUAUCCCACAAGACUAAUAAGGGGUUGGUUUUAGACCCUAUGAUCAAGCCUAUUUACGAAGAAGUAAGUAAAAUUAAAGCGACCUUGGAAAAUCUUUUAGUUACCAGAAGAUGGGCCCUAAGAGAAACCGACUUAUUCACUUAUCAAAAAAGACUAUCUGAACUAGAUAGCCUGCGCGUUAACUCUAAAUUUCCAUCACAAUCGAAGGAUUAUAAAGGUCAAGCUGUAUUGUUAUAUUUAUUGCGUAGGUGUUACGCCCUUAUUUACAAGCUACUGGAGUCUAGUGAGCCAGUAUCAGAGUCUUUGCAGCAUAUUCACAACCAGUCUUCAGCUGUUCGUCGUUGUCUACUAGAACUAAAACGAAUGGGAGGUGUUGAUCACGAACGUGAGCUCUACCCAUAUCAAAUGAAAUUGGCCUCAUUAGAUAAUAUGCGAGUAGAUGGCAAGUUUUACGAUGCAGAUGGCAACAUUCCAGAAGGUCAAGGCACCCUAAACGUUCUGCUAGCGGAAUGCUUCGAUAUCCUCCAUGAGAUGAAAAUUGAGUUGGAACUACGAGAAGAAGAAGCCCAGGCUGAAAGCCAGUGUGGCGCCAAUAAACCUGCAAUCGAUAAAAAUAUUCAGAUGACAAAAGACACAAGUAACUGUGAUAUACCAGCUUCCAGGCAAGCUGCGAGGUACUUGGACGUAUAUGAUUAUAGCCUAAGCAGCCACUACAAUUUUAAUGAUGAGACCAAUUAUAGCUACAGCAGCUACGAAGAUGAUGACACAGCAAAUUAUGAAUAG